AAUUAUCAAAUAUUUUGUGCCUCGUCUCUUCUCGUUCUCUGCUGUGCUGUGUGUCAAUCAAAAUCAAAGUAAAAGAAGAAACCGAGAACGAAUCUUGCUUCUUUUAUUUUGUUUUGCUUUUGUUUCUUAUACAAAUCAAAAUCUAUUUACAAGUGAAUAAAAUAAAGUAAUUAUUUAUAAAAAACAAAACAAUUUUACAAAAUGAACAUCGAGCUGGAACAGGGAUUCAAGAGAGGCGCGUCGAGUAAUCUGCCCGCCGUAACAAGCCAAAUGAUUUUCAAUUUUAUCACAGAAUCGGGCAAAUCUGGCCGCCGGAUUGAUUCAAAUAAAAAACACAGCGCCGAGUACAAAAUGGAUUUUGUUCAAGUGAAAAAAGCUGGGGAGCUGAUAGAGGCGCGUGCCAUGGCGUUCGCGUCUCCAGAUGCCGCAAUCAAUGGGGAGCACUUCAAUGUUUCAGUGAAGGUGCACAGUUGCGAGCAGAUCAAGGAAGCUGCUUGUGUCCAAUGCUCGGCCAGCAAGUCAACAGACGUUUGCCAACAUGUGAUUGCGUUUAUUUUCUGGCUUCAUCGGCACACGGAGUCCGAUUCACAUGGCCACAAGACCUUCUGGGGCUCGGAGUUUGAGACAAUGCCAGAGCAUCCCAUCGCCCUGCGUGUCCACGACAUAUUCGCUGCCGACGAGCUGCGUAUGGAGGCUGACGAGGGAGCCGAUGAUGUGAACGAAGAGGAGGGUCAGAUAUUCCUCAAUAACAUUCUCGAUGAAAUGGAGAAAGGAGGUUUGACGGACUCGUCCCUGUAUAAACACUGUCGCCCGGUGAUUGACGAGUUCGAGCCGGUCUACAUCCACCACACGAUGCUGGACACCGCCAAGAACUACAUCAAAGAUUUCAAGAGCUUCAUGGUGCACAUGGACGAGGUGGCCAAACAGGGCCUGUUCGACAAACUCUCAGACAUAUCGAUCUACAGCUACAAGACGCCCCUCUGGGCCGAGACGCAGUUCUGUCGCAUUCGUUGCUCACUCAUCCAUCGAGUGGCAACACGGAAGGAUUCCAAGGAGGAUCAAGACAUCCUGGAGGCUGUGUUCUGCAAGGAACGCGAAUACAACGUCGAGGAGCGACGUCAGUUGAAGCAGCACAAACGAUUCAUUCUAAAGCAGACUGAGAAGCUAGAGAACAAGACUUAUCGGGAGUGUGGACUUCUGCUGAACGAAAGCUACCCGUACAUCUGUGCUUCACCAGAUGGCAUCACAGACGAUCACAUUGUCGAGAUCAAGGCGCCCAAGACCGAUGAGGAAUUCGAAAAGUACCUCGAGUGCAAGGAGACCAUUGCUCCCAAGUAUAUGGCCCAGAUUCAAAUACAAAUGUACAUGGCCAAUGUUACGAAGGCUUUGUAUUGUGUUCUCAGUCCGACCUUCGACACAAAUGGAGCGCUGCAUUAUGUUUGGGUGCAGGCCGAUAUGGAGUUUGUGGCGAGUUUGCUGAGUGCCGCCGAGGAUUAUUUCAAAGAAGUCGUCUUCCCGCGCCUCAUUAAGAUCUACAUCGAUUGUAAUUAAAAAUAAUAAAUCUAAUUUUUCGUUUCUUUCUAAAA